UUCCAGUUGAUGCACGUAAGAAUAAUCUCUGCAACUCAUAUAGCUGAUAAUCAUAAUUAACUGUUUUCAUGUGAGCAUUUAUUGGCAUAAACUGAGUUUGGUUAGCUUUAUAUGUUAUCCCCGGCUUCUUUUAUCUAUAUCAUGCCUUUGGUUACAUUAAACAUCUCUUUCUUUUCCUGACAGGGCCAAUUUUUGGUAUAAUUUUUGGUGCCCUUUGUAUAUUUUCCUUUUUCUUUUCUUAUGAAUCUUUUUGAAAAUCGUGUUGAAUCAUUUCAUAACAACACUGUAAAAUGGCCUCAUACGCAAAAGAACUUUCACAAGCCAGAAACUGUAAUAUUUAAACACUCACUCCACACAUUCGUUAACUGAUAAAGAAGGGGAGAGAACCCUUUUUGUAGUUUGCGAGAGCCGGCCUUUACUUUACGCGCAGACCUAAAAUGACAGACACUUUAAAAUGCUUUCUAUGCAAAGUUGAAUUAAGUCAAUGGAAGCAAGGACAAUCUCCAUUUACCCGUCAUGCUUAUGAAUCACCAGAUUGUCCUUGGGUUGUGCUUGAUUUUCCAGACAAUCCUUCUCAUGAUCUUGACGUUGAUCAGACAACGGCAAAGGGAGCACGCAUGCGGUCUAUGCGGUUAGCGACUUUUACAAGACAUAACUAUUGGCCACCAAAGAAAAAGGCUCAGAAGGCACUGCCGUCUGCUACCAAGAUUGCAAAUGCUGGUUUCUAUUUUGCUCCUACCCGAGAACACCCAACGAGAGUAAGGUGUCCUUAUUGCCACUCAGAGAUAAUGGACCCCAGUGUGAUUGAAGAUAUUAUUGAAGAGCAUAAGAAGCUAAACAAAGAAUGUAUCUUUUUUAAAAAUACUAGAAGCAGUAGGAGUAAGGUAUCGUUAGCUACAUCAGAGGCUCGUAGUGUACUGUCUGCUUCAAAGAAUAAUUCACCAUCAGAAGCCAAUUCUGAAAAUGAUAUUUGGAGUAUUGAUUCGACCUUCACUCCUGCACCAAAGUUGACCAGAAAAAGCCGUCUAGUCACUUACUCAAAGAGAGAGUCGCGUAAGAGACGUGAUACAGGUUUCAGCUCUUCAUCAAAAAGUAUCUCUAAAAAAAGUAAAGAUGUCAAACGUCCAAAGAUAAUAGUGCAUGAAACGAACCCAAACCCCAGUGACGCAACCAACAAUAGCAAUAGCGAUGAACCUUUAAUACAGAAUGUUCCUAGUCAACAAAAGGAGUUGUCUACAUUUAUUCCCACACAUACCACUCAUGCUGAUAUAAGUAUGGAUGCACCUUCUGACAACAUUGUUGCUUCAAGGACAACCAGUCCUGGUCAAUCAAAAGUAAGAGUUCUGAAGCAGAUUGAAGACAAUCAAGAAGAGCCUAGCAUACUCAUCAAAAAAGAUAAAGGAAAAGGCCGCCAAAUAGAACCCACUAUGACAUCUAUCCGACCAUUGGCAAAGAAAAACUUGAGUCUCUCAAAGAAGAAAACAAACACAAAUGAUCCAUACAUACUCAUCAACGACCCUUCAUCUCACCAAUCUGUUGGCAGUAGCAGUAGUACUAGUAGCAGCCAUGAUAGCAACAACAGUAGUACUAGCAUUAGUAAUAGCCACCCAUUCCAUCAUGUUAUACCGACACCCCCACAUAGCCAGACAUUAUUCUCAAGAGACACUGAGCCUUUAGAUGAUCUAGCGAACCAACAAAGUGGUGCAUAUGUGUUUGAUGUUGAGUCUUUGGAUGAUGAGGCAACAUCUAUUCAGCAGUUGAAUGAACCAUUGCAGUUUAUGCAAUCUACACCAGCUCAAAGUUCACAGAUGGAGGUUGAUGCGCAUGAUAUCUUUGGAAGCCGUCCGUGCUCGCCUAUAGAACCCAAGAACGGAACGAUCGAAGGUUCGAUUGGGGAUACACCUGUGACAUCCUAUAGAGAAGAGGAAGGACGUACAAGAAGGUUGAUUACAUUUGAAGAAGGUGAAGCAAAGUUAAUACGACAUUGGUCACCACCUACCUCGCCAAGCGUACCUGCUUUAAAUAUGCAUGAAGAGCAUGUUAGUGAUGAAAUGAUGACCGAACUUGAUGACGAACAAAAGAAGAUGACAGUUGAGCAGUACACCCUUUCUUUGAUUGAACAAAGCAUUCAAAUCAUAAAGGAAAAGGGAUAUGAGAAGAUUGAACAGAUUGAGAAAGAAACAGAGCGUAGACGACGAGAGAUAUUGUCUAGACAAUUACAGUAACCAUCUUACGAAUAUGCACAUACAUUGAUUAUAUCGACAAAACCUUGUUUACAUGACCUUCAUCCAACAUACAGAAUGUGUCUUAUUGAUGACUUUAAGAG